CGCACUCGAACAUUUUCUCUAUUUAUCCACCUUGAGGACUUCCCCGACUAUUGCUCGUCGAAGUGUACGAGUCCGAGUAUGGCAGCCAAGACGGCAGACGAGCUCUCAAAGCUCGCCCUUAACGGCGCUGCCACCACAAAAUCCAACCCACAAAUCAACGGCACAAACGGCGUCAACGGUCACCUCUCAGAUCCGGACGACUCGGACGAUGACAAAGAUGACGAUGCCACCGCAACUGGUGGUGCCGGCAACACCGCCAGUGGCGCCGCAAAGAAGAAGAAAAAGAAGAAGCCCAACAAGAAGAAGAAGGCCGGUGCCGCCAAGGUUCAGUCCGACCCUCCUCGUGUGCUUGUCAGCCAACUAUUUCCCAACGAAUACCCUGUUGGCGAAGAAGUAGAGUACAAGAACGACAACGCCUACCGCACGACCAACGAAGAAAAGCGCCAUCUCGACCGCAUGAACAAUGACUUCCUACAGGAAUAUCGUAAGGGCGCGGAAGUCCACCGUCAGGUGCGCAAGUGGGCGCAGGCGAAUGUCAAGCCGGGCAUGACCCUCACCGAGAUUGCGGAGGGCAUCGAGAACGGCACCCGGGCACUCACAGGACAUUGGGGCCUGGAAGAGGGUGACAACAUCAAAGGAGGCGUGGGAUUCCCCACAGGCCUGAGCAUAAAUCACAUUGCGGCGCAUUACACGCCCAACGCAGGGAACAAGUGGGUGCUCGGAGAGCAGGAUGUCAUGAAGGUCGAUUUCGGCGUGCAUGUGAACGGACGUAUUGUCGAUUCGGCCUUCACCAUGUCGUUCGACCCGAAGUACGAUAAUCUCCUAGCUGCGGUCAAGGAUGCGACAAACACGGGCAUUCGUGAGGCCGGUAUUGAUGUAAGAGUGUGUGAUAUCGGCGCCGCCAUCCAAGAGGCCAUGGAGUCGUAUGAAGUCGAACUUGAUGGGAAGACGUACCCUGUUAAAUCCAUUAGGAAUUUGAACGGGCAUGAUAUUGUCCAGCAUAGUAUUCACGGUGGCAAGUCCGUGCCGAUCGUGAAAGGCGGUGAUCAGACCAAAAUGGAAGAGGGCGAGAUCUUUGCCAUCGAGACCUUCGGAAGUACGGGGCGUGGCUACGUCGUGGAUGAUCUCGAGGUAUCACAUUAUGCGUUACGGCCGGAUGCCCCGAAUACUGCCUUGCGAGUUCAGUCGGCGAGGUCGCUGCUGAAUGUCAUCAAGAAGAAUUUCGGGACCAUUCCGUUCUGUCGGCGAUAUUUGGACAGGCUGGGCCAGGAGAAAUAUCUGCUCGGACUGAAUAACUUGGUCCAGUCCGGCAUUGUCGAAGCAUAUCCGCCAUUGGUGGAUACCAAGGGCAGUUAUACUGCUCAGUUUGAGCAUACAAUUUUGCUCAGACCAACAGUUAAGGAGGUGGUCAGUCGUGGUGAGGAUUACUAGAUUCCUUGACGGUCGGACACUGGUCACGAUCGCGAAAUCGAGCUUGGACUUGGACUGGUUCACACAACGCUUCGCGGACCGCUGAGGUUCCUUGCAGAUGGAAACAUCCAAGGGGUCGUAGCAGUGGCGAGCGCAGGUGCGAAGGGCACGUUAUCUGGAGAGAUCAGUUUCUUGCCUGCGCUUUCUGAUAUGAUGAAUUUUGAUGAAAUGCUAUCGUCGUGGUCAC